AUGCCACCUUUAUAUUUUGACAAAGUUUUGUUUUUAGGUCAUGUCGGAGGAUCUCGACAUACUUAUAGAGGUGGUGGUUCUAAUUACGUAUGUUUGACACGUGAUCCCAUCUAUGCAAAAUAUCAAUCUGGUUUUCAAAGCAGUCGUUCACGAAUAUUUGGCGCAGAAUAUCAAACACACUCUACAGGAAUAUAUCCCAGCAGUCUGCACGACCACGAUGUCCCAUGUGCAGUCUGUCAUGUGACCAAACGUGCUUCUCAAAUGAUGGUACCUGGUCGUAAUGUGUGUCCCGCGGGAUGGACACGCGAGUACAAAGGAUACUUGAUGGCGGAAUAUCACAAUCACCAUCGUACAAUGUAUACAUGCAUGGAUGAAGCUCCUGAUUACACGCGAGGAACCCACGCUAAUCGUGACGGCGCUUUGUUCUAUUUUGUGGAAGGAGAAUGUGGUUCACUUCCCUGCAAGCCGUAUAUCGCAGGACGUGAGUUGACAUGUGCAGUAUGCACUCGUUAAAUAAUUAUGAACUCAUCUUUGUGUUCAGCAAUUACUGAACACCAAUUAUUGUCACAUUUACCCCCAUUUGCACCUUUAUAUCAACUCUUACAGAUAAUAACUUUAAUCUUUUGACACUCCAAAAACUUCAUGUCCAACUUUAAGCAAAUUAUCAUAUUCAUAAUAAUAAUGUUUAAAACAAUAAUGUAACAGUAAUAUACGUAACAAAAUUUAUAGCCAGUACACGCUGUCUCGCCUUUAUGCAAGAUAAUAUGUGGACAAUUUAAUAAUCUAAUAAUCUACCACUGUAUUUUUAAAUCUAGAUUUUAACUCACAAUUGCACCCGUACUUAGUACUUAAAAGUAAUGAAGAACAUCUUUGUUAUGUUGUGUUUUAUUGUAUACGUGGUUUCAUGUACUGAACUCAAUAAUAAAACUGUAGUGAUAUCUUAGUUACUCGUGAAACAUAGGAAUAGAUUCCAGUGAAGCCCAGGUUCAACGAGAAUGAGAGUUGAUGCACGCUGUCCUAAUAAUCUCCCACUGCAUUGGGGGGGGGGGGACAAUCCUUUCCAUACUCUAGCUGGGUCAAAAUACGGGUAUAAAGUAUCGCACAUUUAUCCAUAAGAAAACACCAGUGUAAACAAUUGUAGCUGGGAAUUUUAAGUAUAGACGUUUAAUUAUUUCUAACUGAAUGCUUUUCGAGAGUGCAAAAAAAGGAAAAUACGACACAAAGACACGAAAGUAUCAUUGUAUCACGCAAGAUCUAGUGAAUACUGUAUUGUCGUGCCAAUUUGUAAUAGGGCGCAAAUUAGCUAUAUAUAUGUUAUAACCUUGACAUGCAGACAUCUUACUUUUUCUUACAGUAUUGUCAGUCUAGAAUGUUGAUAGCGGAAGACUGAACAUAAAUUAAACUUAACCCCAAGCGAAAUUGUUAUAAUCUACACUGGUAUAAGUAUUCGACAUUUAUCCAAGACAAGGCACCCACGCAAGCAGAAGGUAGCUGGAAAUCUUAGGUAUGUCUACCUGUUGGCCAGGUCUAUUUAAUUUGCAUGUAUUUCAGUGUUUAUUCCAGGAGACAACUGGUAGCCUUAGAAGCUUUGCGAAAGUGCAAAUAGAUUAAAAUAUAUGACAUAGACACCGGCCACAGUUUCUGUGUCAUAUUUAAAAGUGAAAUUGUAUAACGCGAGACGUCAUGAAUAUCGAAUAUAUCUAUUAUGUAUAUAAUUAACGAACCUUGAGAUGUAACUAUACGAGAGACUCCUACGUGUGCUUAUUGUCAGUCUACCAUGUUAAUUGACAACGGAAGAUUGAAUAUAUAUUAAAAUUUGAAAAUCUCAACCUAAUAUUACGAUAUAAAUCUAGCUAAAAUAACUGAAAAUCUCUACUUUAACACACUUGACAAGAUAGUCAUAAAAUAAUGAAACUAAUCUUCAGCAACAACUACUGCAUGUGAAUAAUAAAAAAGUCGAAUUUUGGCUUUAGCCUUUUGUCUCCGUAUAAUAUGCAUGUAGAUUUAAUAAUAACAGUUUUAUUCUGUUUUUUUCGUGUCAAGCCACGCUGCCUGGUUUUAUUCAAAUUAUGUGUAAUAUGUAUUGAAACUCAUUGUUUCUUCGUCAUUUUACGCUGAGACACCGAGUUGAUCGCUUGUGAAUAAAUUGAGAGAAAAUAAAAAACGAAUUUUGAUUGCUAAAACGAUGGACAAAAACGGCAAAGAACCCGAAACAUUCAAGCAUCGUUCAAAUUUUGUCAUGAAAGCACUUUUGCUUGUUUUAUGUGUGGUUGCCGUUGCUCAAUUUGCUCUGUUUGCAAAGAACUGCGCGUCCUUGAAAUCGCUAAAUGACAGGUUGGGUGCAAUAGAAGAAAAUAUUUUGGACUCUGAGAAUCAACCCACACGAGCACGGUCCAAGACGAAGCAAACGUGGAACAGAAAAGACAGAUAUUAAGAAGGCAAUAAUAAAACUAGAAAAGCUGGAAGGAAGGUAGGACGAUUUUCGCUAACGAUCAGGCCAUUCCAAAUAUAAGCCCUCCCGAAUAUAAGCCCCUCCGUGUAUAAGCCCAUGAGCUUAUUCAAUAUUGAACAGGUAUUUAUUAACGGAGCGACGGGGAUUCCAACAGCUCAGACGAGUGACAAAAAUUACAUUACAGUAUUCCAAUAUGUGAACCAACUGUAACUUGUUUUUUAAAAGUGAACCGACUUGUUUUUUAAUAUGUGAACCAAUUACUUGUUUUUUAAUAUGUGAACCAACUUGUUUUUGUACUUAAAAGUAUAGAUUAUAUACUGUAUGUUUAUAUUUCUUUUCGUUCACGGUAUUGUUUACAGGUAUACAAUAAAUAUUAUCACUGACGUCAAAUAUCGUCUCUAUAUCUACAGGCCCCCAACCCCCAUCACCGUAUAUACUGUAAGCCUUCCCGUAUAAGCACGUCAAGAAAUACUCACAAAUGAAUAAAAAAAGGCCCAGGGCUUAUAUAUUCGUACGUAUACGAUAUGCUUCUUCAAAUUAAGGAUUUUGGGCAUCUCAUUCGAUAGAACUAAUUAAUUGAAGAAGUAUUUUGUAGAUGGAAAUUUCGAGUGUAAAUUUUACACACGUAUAUUAUAUCUAACAAGGAGCAGUUACGGAAAAUAUAACAAUAGACCCUAUAGCAGGAAUUGAACCUGUGGCUCUGCAAUUCCGGUGAAGCGCUUUAACCAACUGCGCUACGGAGUGUAGUUGUCAGGGCCGGUAUACAUAGUCGCGUUUUUUUACACCUGCUCCUUGUUAAAUCUAAUAAUUCUACAAAGUUUACAACCAAAAUAUAAUUUCCAUCUACAAAAUCCUUCUGAAAUUUGUUGCAAUUAAAGCCAUCUCGACAUGGUCGUAUGCAUGAUAUCACUUCUUGUAUUCUUUAAUACUUGCGAAUAACAAAGAACAGAAAUUUAAGUUUAAUACUAGUUUCCUAUGUUUAGACUGAAUCAGUCGUAUCAAUACGCUGGGCGUCAACCUUCAUUCCUUCUUCGAGGACCUCCAGGAAAACCAGGAAGAGAUGGCACUCCAGGUAGUCCGGGAAAAGCAGGAAAAGACGGUACUGCGGGAAAUUCAGGGAAAGCAGGAAAAGAUGGUACUGCAGGAAGUCCAGGAAGAAAUGGCAGGGACGGAAGGGAUGGUUCACAGGGAGCCCGAGGUAUUUUAAUUUCCAAUGCUUAUGAAACUUGCAUCAGAGUUGUAAAUUCGAGUUAUGUUUCUUGGACUUGAGUCGCAAUUUGUGUCCCUUAAUUGAGUUGUUUGGCAGAUUAACGAUUGUUACUUGAUUUGGACUUGCAAGAAAUAAGUAACAUUCUGCCAACGCAGGUCAAAUACAAAGCCAUGAAUAUCUAGUGAAAAUUAACUUUUCUACAAUUGCACUGGAAAUUCACUGAUGUACACAGUAACUAUGACUGAGAGCUUGUGAUGUAUAAUGUUAUUUACCGGCUGCGAGGCCCGUACUGAAGCGCUUCUGAGACCGAGGGAAAAUGUUUCAAGUAUGGGUUGACAUUAACGGUAAAAUGUGCUCAAAAGCUCCGACAUUUAUGUUUUACUAGGUGAGCCAGGAGUUCCAGGUCAACGUGGAACAGCAGGGCCUGCUGGUCCCAAGGGAAUACAAGGUGAAUCUGGAAAAGUUGGAGUGACUUAUAUCCGGUGGGGGAAAAAGACCUGUCCAAAUACUGGAGCUACAUUGGUAUAUGAAGGUAAGAAUACAACUGUUGGUAUCCUGUCAUAGAGAGUUUUCUACAGAUAUAUAUUAUUGGGGAAGGGGAAUAUUUAUAUGAUAAAUAUUAAUUCCGACUUUAGCAGAUCAAAAUAUCAAUUUUGCCUUCGCCAGGAGGUUAUAUUUUGUACGUGUGUGUAACUGUGUGGUUGUCUGUCAGCACGAUAACUAAAAAAAUAUUAAACGUUAUGAUGAGAAAAUUGGCUGGACAAAUGGACAUUGCUCAUGGACAAAUAUUUGUUAAAUUUCAAUCAAAAUUGGAUGAGCAAUUAUCUUGUUUUGCCAGGCCAUGGCCUAUCGAAAGGAAGAUGGCUGUGAAACUCAUUAGAAUAACAAUAAAACUCAUUAUCUGUGUUAGUCGACGUUUAUUCGUAAAUCUGGUCCUUCAUCGUCACGUGUGUAUUGUAUUUCAGCCAAAUCCACCAAUAGCAAUUUCCAGUUUCCCUAUUGUUCGAGUCACGGAUAGGUGACUUUCCUAAAACAUUGCUAUUGGUUAGUUGGGUAGAAAUACAAUACGCACGUGACUGUGAAGGACCAGAUUUAUGAAUAACUUGAAUAAACGUUGACCAACAUUUAUCACUUAUUUACUGAGAGCGAGGGAAACAGUGUGUUUUGUGGACCCGAGACCGUCGAUGUUCCCGAGGCGAAGCCGAGUGUUUUAUUAUAUAUCAAUAGUCAAAGAAACAACAAAUUAAAGAACAAAUGAACGUAAAUACAUGAAAUAUUUUAUUGUUAAAACGUUAUAUUAAACACUGGCUACACUGCAGUUACUUAAAGCGAAAGUUUUAAUUACGUACUAGGCAUGUCCAAAGGUCGCAUCUUCACGUGAUGGCGCACGUGAUUUUUUUUGUUAUUCGCCGGUCGAUAACGUAUUAUCUCCCUCUCGCGCUGUUGCGAGGGAGACAGCCUCAUUUCGUCACUCUCACGUGACAUGCUCUCAACCAAUAAAACACUAGAAAAAUGCGACUUUGACUAUUGAUAUAUAAUAAUGAGUUAUAUUGUUAUUCUAAUGAGUUUCACAGCCAUCUUCCCUUCGAUAGGCUAUGACCAGGCAGAGUAAACUGAAUGCGUUAUUAACCCAUUGUGUAAUUUAUGCAUGAUACAUAACUUCAUUCGCUGGCGGAGGUACACAGUCUCCGAGUGCACUCUAGUUUAAUAUUUUUAGGUAAUUCCAGGUAUUGUCCUGACUCCUGAGGUAACCAUGCCACCUACAUAUUUUGACAAAGCAGUAUUCAAUCUUUUGGUGGUUUUUAGGUUAUGUCGGAGGAGCUUCUUAUAAUCACAGGGGUGAGGGUUCUAAUUACGUAUGUUUGACACGUAACCCCAUCUAUGCAAAAUAUCAAUCUGGUUUACAAGACGAUCGCUCACGAAUCUUUGGCGCAGAAUAUCAAACAUACUCUACUGGAAUAUAUCCCAGCAGUCUGCACGACCACGAUGUUCCAUGUGCAGUGUGUCAUGUGACCAAACGUGCUUUACAAAUGAUGGUACCAGGUCGCAAUGGUUGCCCCGCGGGAUGGACACGCGAUCGAGUACAAAGGAUACCUUAUGGCGGAGAAACACGAUCACCAUCGUACGAUGUAUACUUGCGUGGAUGA